CAAUUUUUCGUUAAACAUUUUCUGACACAUCCUAUCACAGCGGUAUUAUUGACACAUUUAUAUAGAAAUGUCGCUGUGUACGUAAUGUUAUCUACUAAUUUGUGAUGAUUCCACCUGAUUCCAACCAAAAUGCCAUUCUUCGUUAACAGUAUUUUUGUUUAACUUCAAUGUGUCGCGUCGGUUUUGUGAGUGAAUAGUGACAGAAUUCAAAUUUGAAUUGAUUUUACAUUGUAUAUCACAUUGAACAAUGGCUGCUCCUCUCGCCAGCACAUCAUCGAAUGUUCAAAAAAAGUUGUUGAGCUACGCACGAGACAUCGCAUUGGAUAAACUGAAUAAAAAGCUAGAUAAGAAAAUAGCAAAACAACAAAUCCGAAAGAAGGAACAUGAAAAUGUCCUGUAUCAGCGCUGUUCACAGAACAGUGAUUGUGUCACAUCCAGUUCACAGUCUGCUUCUUCAACAUCAGAUCCUAUUUCAACAAGUUCAAGUGAUCCGUUUGGAACAAGUACAAGUACAAUAGAAUCAGAAAAUAGCUCAAAUGCACGAAAUUCAUUGAACAAAAAUGAUGUUGGACUGAGUGCAGCAAGUAUUGAUAGUUCUGGCCAGGAUGAUGAUUACCAAACAGCUGAUGAGGAAGACGAAUCAUCUGAUAAAAAAGAAGUGCUGUUGAAGCCGAGUGAAUUAAAUCAAAUACCAAAGAAAACCGAUUUCGUCGUGGAGAUUCCAGAUGAUAAAAAUGAUACAUCGGAAGUCAAAUCACUUUUACCACAAGGUCAUCCAACGACGCCGACGCCAACACCACAUCAUCAUCAUCAUUCAUCUGGAACAUCAGUUGACUACUCCGGUUAUAUUCAAAAGAAAAGUCUUGCUCAAGGCAUGAUGGAUUUGGCGUUAGUAUCAGCCAAUACUAAUCAACUCAGAUAUAUUAUUGAAUAUAAAGAUCAUCAUCCAUACUUUAUGACAAGUUUAUCGUUAGUGGUAGCGAGCUUGUUCCUGCAAUUGGCUGUUGGAAUGACACUCAUUUGGAAUACUAGGUUUAACGUUAAAAAACGGAAAGAAAUGCAAGAAGCUGACAAAGUAAAUAAUUUUUCGGUGAUCGGAAUUUUUAUUGUGACGCUAAUCAAUGUGUUUUUAUCGACUUUCGGCGGUGCACCAUCAUCAUCAGGAUUUUCGGAGGGGCCGAAAGCUGAUGCAACAGCUAUGAAUGAUGAAGGGGCAAGUGCAGUGACCGAACCACCUAUUAUUCACUAGAGGGAAAAGCCAGAAAAAAUGUCGGAAAAUGUUAGGAAAGUUACUGAGCUAGUAGAUGCACAAACGACUUACAACGAACGAAUCUAUUCGCAAAUCAUAUGGAUUAACAUAAAACCAAUCAAAAUUGAAUGAAUUGUGUCUCAAGAUAAAGUAAUAAAUUUGAUCAAUAAGAGCCUCUUGGUAUUUUUACUUAUACAAAUUUGAGAAACUACGUAAUCAACAUGAAAUAAGAAAGGAUUCAAGAAAAAGAAAGAAAAAAAUGAAGUGAGUGACGCGAGUGACGCUUUUGCGUUUAGUUCAAGGUUGUGCAUUGACGUAGUCGUUACAUUUUUACACCAUUCCGAUAAAUUGUUAUAUGGUAACGGACGAGAGCGAGAGCACAGCUCAUAAAAAUUAUUUUAUUUUGGUAAAAUUAAUUUUCAUGGCGAAGCUGUGCACGCUGCAUUCAUUAAUGAAUACUACGUUCAAUUCGUUGGAAAUGUAUUUAGUAAAUAUUCGAUAGUAUACACUGGCGUUCAAGACGUUCAACUAAUAUAAAUUAAAGAAGAAUCGUAAAAAGUAAUCGUAAAAUCUUUUAUUUUCCGACGACUAUCAUCAAACGAAAAUGCACACAAAAAUAUCUUCACAAAUCGGUAUCAAAAGCGUGUGUACUUAUCAUCACAACGAAAUCAAGCACUUAGCUUCGUUAAAAUUUAUAAAUAAAUCUUCAUCUUAAAGUACAUAAGGUAUCUGUGGCAUAGUGGCAUAUGUGAUAUUAAUAAACACAUAAAGAUUAAGAAGAAUAAUACGAGUAAAAAGAAGGCCUACAAGAAAAAUCAAAGAUAAAAAUUAAACUGAAAACUGGCAAACAUAUGCGUUUCGUUACCCACUAGAAAAAAUGAGACUGCGCAAGCGGGGAUCGUUGGGUUUAAAAUUUUUUUUUUUUGAUGAGCAAGAGUAAUAUCAUUUGUGUUGUUGAUAAAAAUAGGCAUUAAUCAUUUUGUCAUUUUG